AUGACAGAGCGGUUUUCUAACCAUGGCAAACCACGAAAUGCCAAGAAUGAUGGAGUUCGCACAGACCUUUACUCAGACAAAGUUCGCAACAGCUGUAUCGACCUGUGCUACACUGCGUUAGCACUCGAUUCAGUUGCCGCUCCUGCUGAUAUAUUAGGACAUGCUAAAGCUAUUGAAGCGGUUGUGUUCGAGAAUAACAAGGGCAACACUGCUGCUCCAGCUUACCGCAAUAAAAUGCGUUCAUUAUACAUGAAUUUGAAAGAUAAGGCUAAUCCUAUGUUACGUAAGCGAGUAGUCUCGGGUGAAAUAUCUGCUCAAAGAUUAGCGACAAUGACUCCACAAGAAAUGGCUUCGGAAGAGCUCAAGGAAGAAAUUCAACGUCUUGAUAAAGAAAAUCUUUUCAAGGCUCAAGGAGCCACAGAAAAGCGUGCCACGACCGAUAGAUUUACUUGUGGCAAGUGUAAGCAGAAGAAGGUUUCAUAUUAUCAGAUGCAAACUAGAUCUGCCGAUGAACCUCUUACCACAUUUUGCACCUGUGAAAACUGUGGAAAUCGUUGGAAAUUCUCUUAA